CCGCGUACAUUCAUAGACAUAGGCUAAUUAUUAGUUGUGUAACACAGGGUCUCAAACUUUACGAAUGACAUGGCAUUCGUUUUUUUGUCGGAAAUGUAAUAAUGUCAGCUACGUGCCAUGUACAAAUAGAACUAAAAAUUCUUAGGUACUCUGCGUUUAGUGUCUUGUCAACCUAUAAUGAGUCAUGCUAGCCGUAAGCUAAACACUUACUUUAUCGCAUACCUAAUCUGCACUAACACUCCCACUUUUAGUCAAAGUCAAAUCAUUGCUGAUGUUGCGACACACUGCUCAAACUUUGCCUUGUAGAUUUCGAACAGCGACACUUCUCAGAUCAGCGGAGGUAUAAACUUGGCUUGUCCGCUAUGGGAAACGCAUUCUGUAACAACCUUCACAUCCCUUCACCUAAGGGUCCCAAUGCAGUGGGUUGCACUGACUUUAUGAUGGAUCACACAGUGCAGGGCAGCUUUUUCCGCCUUUACUAUCCUUGUGAGAGGAUGGACAAGGCUGAGAUGCCAGACUGGAUCCCCAGCAGAGAAUACUUUAACGGUUUGGCAGACUUUAUGAAAAUCAACAGGACUUUUAGUGAAAGGAUAUUCAACUUUCUUUUUGGGUCCUUUAAGAUACCAGCCGACUUGGAUGCUCCAUUUCGCUCCAGUGAGAAAUGUCCUGUAGUUAUAUUUUCCCACGGUUUAGGAGCAUUCAGGACGUUGUAUUCCACUAUUUGUACAGAACUCGCCUCUCAGGGUUUCAUCGUGGCUUCCGUGGAACACAGGGACCUGUCCGCCUCAGCCACGUAUCACUAUCGAGAAAAGAAUCCCACAAAAGCGUCUUCGCCAGACAAUCUAGUGAGAGAAUGGAUAUACUACAGAACUCUGCAGCAAGGGGAGCAAGAAUUUCCCAUAAGAAACCAGCAAGUGAACCAAAGGGCGGAUGAAUGCGUCCGUGCUCUCGAUAGACUAACGGACAUAAACUCAGGGCUGCCGGUACAAAAUGUCUUACAAACACAUUUUGACUGGACCACAUUACAGAAUUCCAUGGAUCUGGGCAAAGUAGCCGUGAUGGGGCAUUCCUUCGGAGGGGCAACAGCUAUAGAAGCUCUAGCUAAAGACACUAAAUUCAAGUGUGCCGUGGCGCUGGAUGCCUGGAUGUUGCCGUUAAGGGACGACACCUUUUGUCAAAUAAAGCAGCCCAUUUUCUUCAUCAACUCAGAGAAGUUCCAGUGGGCUGAGAACAUCAAGUGCAUUCAAAAGUUGGACUCGUGCGACACCCAGAGGAAAAUGAUGACUAUCAGAGGUACCGUGCAUCAGGCUUUCCCAGACUUCACCUUCCUGACGGGAGACUUCAUCGGGAAGCUGAUGAAGCUGAAGAGCGACAUCGACCCAGAAAUGGCCAUCAAUCUCUCCAACAAAGCAACACUCGCCUUUCUGCAAAGACAUCUUGGUUUGGAAAAGGACUUCAAUCAGUGGGAUCCUCUGAUUGAAGGUGAUGAUGAAAACCUCAUUCCAGGAACUAAUGUCACUUUGCUUCAGUCGGCCAUGUGACUUGCAGCGUGCACUACUAUAUACUCUGGUAUAUUAGUACUGUAUGCUGCAUGAAGUAACCAGAACCUCAACCUCCUAUUUAAAACGGACCACGAUUGUUGACAAAGACUGCCAGUGUAACCGUCUUUUUUAAAAAAAAAACUGACAAUUUCCAAGUAUUAUUUAAAUCUUUAAUGUUAACCAGCAGUUUCUAAAAUUAUUUUAAAUCGUACUGUAUUUCUAUGACACAAGCAAAAACAAUGAUGCCGAAUAUUAGAAUAAAAAAAGUGCCUUCCAGUUUUUGUACUCACUAAUUAAUAAAGUGUCUACCCUAAUGACAGCCUG